AUGAGCACGUUGGCUGGACCCGUCCCAAGAAUGAUGCGGCCAGCCCCGGGACAGAAUUACUCUCGCAGCAGCGGAUUCCCACUGGAAGUGUCAACGCCUUUAGGUCAAGGAAGAGUGAACCAGCUCGGAGGAGUUUUUAUAAACGGCCGGCCUCUGCCAAAUCAUAUCAGGCACAAGAUAGUGGAAAUGGCCCAUCACGGCAUCAGACCGUGUGUCAUCUCCCGGCAGCUGAGGGUCUCCCACGGUUGUGUCUCUAAAAUCCUCUGCAGAUACCAGGAGACGGGUUCCAUUAGACCAGGGGCGACUGGGAGCAAACCGAGGCAAAUGGCAAUACCAGACGUUGAAAAAAAGAUCGAAGAAUACAAGAAAGAGAAUCCUGGAAUGUUUAGCUGGGAAAUCCGGGAUAAGUUAUUGAAGGACGGCAUGUGUGAUCGGAAUACCAUUCCCUCAGUGAGUUCAAUAAGCCGGAUCCUGAGGAGUAAAUUCGGAAAGAAAGAAGACGAAGAGGAAGAUUGUGGAAGAAAAGACUAUGAAGAUGGCGAUAAAAAAACCAAGCACAGUAUUGACGGGAUUCUGGCUGAUAAGGCAAAUAAUUCAGACGAGGCAUCAGAUAUUGACUCGGAACCAGACCUGCCUUUAAAAAGGAAACAGCGGCGAAGUCGCACAACCUUUACAGCAGAACAGCUGGAGGAAUUGGAGAGAGCAUUUGAGAGAACUCACUACCCAGAUAUCUACACUCGUGAGGAACUUGCACAGAGAGCAAAGCUUACAGAGGCACGAGUCCAGGUUUGGUUCAGCAACCGCCGAGCUCGUUGGAGGAAACAAGCAGGAGCCAAUCAACUACUGGCAUUUAAUCACUUGAUUCCGGGAGGAUUCCCGCCCACAGCAAUGCCAGCACUGUCUCCGUACCAGCUGUCUGAUGCCAGUUAUCCACCCACGUCGAUACCACAGGCAAUCUCAGAUCCAAGCAACACAGUUCACAGGCCACAGCCUCUGCCUCCGACAUCAGUUCACCAGAGCAGCCUCCCUUCUACUCCAGACAGCAGUUCAGCUUACUGCUUAUCCACCAGCAGGCAUGGAUUUUCAGGGUACACAGACAGCUUUGUGUCUCCAGCAGGGUCUACCAAUCCUAUGAACCCAACGGUUAGCAACGGCCUCUCACCUCAGGUAAUGGGACUCUUGGCAAAUCCUGGUGGUGUUCCACAUCAACCACAAACUGAUUAUGCCCUAUCACCACUAACUGGAGGUCUGGAACCAUCUACUUCUGUUUCUGCCAGCUGUAGUCAGCGGCUAGACCCAAUGAAACCUCUUGACAGCUUGCCCACCUCCCAGUCAUACUGCCCAUCAACUUACAGCUCCUCAGGUUACAGCAUGGAUCCAGUGGCAGGAUACCAGUAUGGACAAUAUGGGCAAAGUGCCUUUCAUUAUCUGAAGCCAGAUAUAGCAUGAGUGAAAAAGUCCAUAAAAGUUGAAACGACCCUUGUUCUGGACCCACAAACAUAAUGGGACCAUGGUGCCCACAACGGUUGGAUCUAUUCCCCAGAAACAAACCAACUUUUGUCUUUCUCUGAUAAUGGUUUUCAUUUGUGAUCAUAGGAUGAGCCCCAUGUUCUAAGUUUUGGUUUAAAUAGUACUUCUGUUGCCUUGGAUUUGACUCUUCUGUUUAGAGAUGAAGAUAGAGAAAAUUCAUUCCCAAUAGUCACCCAUAAUUAAAGAUUUGCAGCAAGCAUUCAGUAAAUGUCACCAAUUAUGGCAUUCCUCAGGCAUUAAUUACUCAUGUAUAACUUCAUAAGGAAUACAAUGAAAAACUGAUUUGGAAACUUUACGAGUAUUUACAAUUUAAGUUAGUCUUCAAAUGGUCUGCUCUCACAAACGGAAACAAUUACACUUCAAAAUGUCUUGUCCAUUAAAUUAUGACUGACCUGUGGAGUAUCUUGUGAUGUUUUACUUGGCUUUCAGAUCUUGGCUGAGGUAUCAUAACCCUGCAUGACAACUAUCUGUUGCUUUAUUUCCCAUUUACAAGUUACCAAAGCAUCAAACGAUAUCCAUUUAGUCACCAAUGACUCAUUGAUUCCCAACAAAUUUUGACACCCUGUGUGGCUUGGUCCCAAAAUGAACAUU